AUGAAUGACACACACGUCACGGGUGACGUGACUACCGCCAGAGGUGACACUUUUAACAAACAAGCAGAGGAACAAAUGAAAGCGUUUUAUUACAUUUUAGCGUUUAUAUCUGUGUACAUUGCAACGUUUAUAUUGUGUUUACUGAAAUAUGUGAAAAUUCGAAAGAAAUGUUUUGGAGAAGUGGGCAUAUAUAAACCAUUACUCAAACUCUACGAAAGUGACUUGGGAUUAAGUGAAGAAGCCGGCGUGGAAGAAGCUCUUCCGGACAGCAACGAAAAGAAAACAGAACAAGAAUUCAUUAUAAUGUGA